CCUCUCGCAUCCCUCUCUUUCCUCCUCCCGUCAUCAACCUUUCUCGACAACCCCUCCUACUUUUCAUCCCCUCGACUCCCCCUCCCCCCCCAAAAGAGGCCCGCCACUUCGUCGCGCCCACUGCACAUAAUAAACACCACAACUGUCCUCGCACACUGCAGCGGGUUGACCGUUCUCGACUUUCAAUCGGCGGAUGCCCUUUUAAUCACCCCAAAUACCGACCUUCAUUCCAUGACCAUACCACAAAUGAGCAGCUACACGAUUCAAAGUCCAGAAGACACACUUUAAAUCCCACGGGAGCGAGAGCGCGCGCGAAAGCGAAGCGAGGAAUCUGGAAGGAAGCUAGGCAAAGCGAUCUCAACUAUCGUUCUGUGACCGUUGUCAUUGUCGCCGUCGUCGUCGAGUCCAGCACUGCAUCACACCGACCGCCGAGUCAUCUUUACCAGAAACAAAGGUACUCGACCUCGACAAGCUGCAUCCUGCCACAGAUCCACCAUACAAGAUGCCAGGCGCGAGCGUGGCAGUCAUGCCAUCAACGGCCACAUCUACGCCGGCCUCCCGGAAGACGUCAAUCGCGCCAGAAAGAAAGUACAAAUGCCAGUUCUGCAACCGAGCUUUUAGCAGAAGCGAGCACAGAAGUAGACAUGAACGAUCACACACCAAGGAGCGGCCGUUCAAGUGCCAAAAGUGUCGCAGUACCUUUGUCAGACGUGAUCUUCUCCUCAGACAUGACCGUACCGUGCACGCUAAAGAUGGCGGUGUUCCUCUUCACAGUGAUGGAAAGCGUCGCGGCGGUCCCAAGGCGGCCAGAACUGUCAGCGGCUCUUCCAAGUCGGCGCUUGCGAUUGACACGUCAGCUCUGAGUGAGCAGAUUGAAGCUAGUAGCGAUGGUAUUUUUGAUGUGGAAACUGCUGCGAUGCUUGUUGCUGAUAUUCAACAUAAAGCUCGCGCAGCUGCUCGAGCCAACAGCGAAUUUGGUGCCAGCCCAAGCAGCAUGACCUUCCCCUCGAACGGGUCCUCGAUGUUGGAACCAACCUACACCAACGCUCCUCUCGCUCUGCACCAGUGGGAUGGCUUUGUCCCGCAGGACCCCAAGGCGCACUCGAUCACUUCGAACGGAUCGAUGUCGUUUGAUGCCCAGAAUCCCAACCAGCUUCUCGGCGGCCAGCACGGCAAUGGGUUGGCGCCGAAUAUGCAGGCCAUGAUCAACUCUCUGCCUCCUUCUGCCGCGGGCACCCCUGCCCCCCAGUCACCGUUUGUGCAGCAGCGCGCCGACAGCCCUGCCGAUGGCGCUCAGUCGUCCACCUUCAAGGCGCCCAUGAUCAACAGUGACGAGGAGAGAAACGUGAUUCUAGACAACAUUCGUGGCAAUGACAGCGAGCACGCUAUCCCUGAAGGCUUCCGGGUCCCCAGCCUGUCGUCUCUGAACCGCUACCUGGCCACCUACUUUGGCCUGUUCCACCACCACCUGCCUUUCUUGCACCCCGCUUCGUUUGAGCCCACCCAGGUUUCGCCUGCGCUUCUCUUGGCUGUUCUUUCCAUCGGUGCUCUUUAUGCCUUUGACCAAGAACAGGCUUACGUGCUCCACAUUGGCUCUAAGGUGCUGGUCAACCAGUUCCUCCAGAACAAGGAGAACUUCAGCUCCCGAAAGUGCCCAUUGUGGACCAUGCAGAGUUCGUUGCUCAACAUGAUCUUUGCUAGCUGGAGUGGUGACGCCAAGGGUCUCGAGUGGGCCUGCUCCAUCAAGGGUCUUCUUGCCAACAUGGUCGCUGGGAAUCGUUACGAGUUGAAGCUUCGCCAGGAGGCUCGUGGUGGUCGCCUGCCGACCCGUGCUGAGUGGGUUGAGGAUGAAGGAUGCCGCCGCACCUACUAUGCCGUCUACAUCUUCUUCGGCCUCCUCACUCUUACGUACAACCACACUCCGGCCAUCAGCUUCAACGAGUUUGAGGAUCUUCAGCUGCCAUCCACCGAGGCCCUCUGGAAUCUCAAGGUAUCGGAGGAUGCCUGGCAAGACCACCUCCGAGCUUCUCCCAGCGUCACCAUCAUGAAGGCCCAUGCUGAUCUGUUCCAAGGAGAGGCGCUCAAGUACAGUGCUUUUGCCACUCGUGUCAUGAUAAACGCGCUCUUCCUCGAAGUCUGGUACCACAAACGCAGCCCCGAGGCCCUGCAGGAUGUUCUCACGGAGUACAAGCUUAGGAUUGCUUUAGAGACUUGGGAGAAAUCUUUGGACCUCUGCGAGCCUGAGACUGUCGCCGUACCCCUCAGUGCGCCUCAUAAGGGCCACCCGCUCAUCUUCAACGCCAAGGCCAUGUUCCGCAAUGCUCGCGCUCGUCUCGAGGUGGACCUUAAGGGAGUCCAGGAAGCUCUGCGUUACCACGAAUCGUACGAAGUCGCCGCCGCCAUGGCCAACGCUCGGGACCGCGUCAAGCGCUCCAGCGAAAUGAUCAAGGUCAUUCAAGAGUGCUACGACUGCAUCGAGACUGCGGUGCGCCAGGGCGUUCGCUGGGUUGCCAGAACCUCGCCGACAAAUUGGAGCAUCGAGCACCCUCUUUGCGGCAUGGAUCUGAUCAUCAUCCUCAGCUUGUGGCUGUAUCGUCUGGAACAUGACGAGGAGCAAGCUACUGAGGAAGAGCUGGUCAUGUACAACAAGAUCCGUGAGCUUCUCGGCAAGGAUCUUGAUGACCGCUAUGUACCGCAGCUGAGCUCGCUGGUAGCCCGUCUCUGGGGUUCCAUGCUCGACGAGGUGGUUGUUUGGGGAAUUACUCGCCUCAUGGGUGAAUCCUUCCGCCUCCACUCUCAAGCUCUCGUCGGCUACGUCGACGAUAUUGCUGCCUCGUCGAAUGUUUCGACACCGUCCAUGACCUCUCAGGGCGCGGACGAGGACAGCGUGUACUAAGACCACGACGUCCUGACGACAUUUUUCUGCUUUGUUUUUCCUUCCUUUUUCUCGCUCUACUCAGUAAUAGGCGGUGGGGUUUCCGGGCAUAUACCUCUUUGUCGGUUUUUCGCGAUGGUCCUUUUUUUUUUCUUUUUUUUCCUUGCAUCUCCUUUACACAACAAACAUCGCUGGGUAUGGGACUCGGCGCGGCGGGGUUGGGUGUUUUUCUACUUGUCAUCCUUCGGGUUGCUGCUGCAUUUCGCGUCUGCAUCGUCAUGGUCUAAGCAAUAUGGGUGGGCAGGGUACGGUUUCGCACAUUGGUCCAGUGGGAGGGCCAUCGGUCCCGCAAACCUAAUAUCUGUCACUGUUGGCUGGUCCAUGUGGAGGGAAUUUGUCUUCUCCGUGUUUCAUUAACACCUUUUACCACUUUUAAUCUGCCUUCACUGCGGUUGAUUUUAGUCGUUUGCUUUUAUUACUGUUCAGUUAGUUUAGUCGUUUUUCGUUUUUCUUUUUCUUUUCCUUUCUUUUUCCGUUCUGCGUUUCGGAUACCUUGUUCGAUAUAUCGUUUCUUUUUUCUUUUUUGUUUUUUUUUUGUUUUCUCCCUAGUUUUUCUCGCUAUCUAAUGUCUGUUUCCUAGCUAGUUUUUUCCUUGACAUUUUUGUCCCAUCUGUUUUUACUCCCUGUACUAGAUAUGUACGGACGAAAGGAGGGAGGGAUAUAAGGACGGGCGGCGGCAAGGUGAUGGGAGAGGGAAUUCGCAAGAGGGAACGGGAGGCAUAGGAAGGAGGGAAGGGAAGGGAGGAAAGGCGGAUGGGCUUUGAACUUAAUCUUGGGUUUUGCGUUGCGGUUGUUUCUUUUCCUUGAGCGUUGAUUUUCUGUCUUUUUGCUUGGGGAAGCUCUCCAUUAGUGGCACAGAAUGCCUACUGAACAAGGGCUGGGUGGGUGGUCGUUAUUUCUCGGGACAAGAAUGAAAAGAAUUCAUCAAUUUCAAAGGCCUUUUUUCACUCUACUCUACUCUACUUUACUUUCAGUCUUUUUCCCUCGCGUGUUUUGUCAGGUAUCCUUGCCUUCUUUUGUGAUGGGGGUUUCUUUUUCUUCAAGUGUCCAUAUGAUGUCAAUAGGAAAAAGUAGAUAUUCAUCCCUCUGUCAACCA